CUCGGUGGCCGGUGCAAAACUCCUCUCUGGAGCACAUGUGGUAUGUGGGGAGACCUUCGUCUUCGGCCAUAGACGCGUAGCCGAAGGCGAUGCUGAUGCAAGUGGCGCUCCUAUUGUUCCUCUGGGCCGGUCUGGGAUCCAUCAUGCCGAGGGGCCGCCGCGGCUCCUCCAGGCACUUCCUGUCUUAUUCCUACCUGGUGGUGUCAGAGUCCAGCCAGAGGGUGCCCCAGUUCAGCUACAUGGUCAACCUGGAUGACCAGCCCAUCGCUCGAUAUAACUUUUCCACCGGGAACAUGGUUCCUCUGGUGCCCUGGAUGGAGGUGGAGAAGGCAAACACAAUUGUGGUACCUGAGAUGGUGUUCACAGCUGACCUGGAGUUGUUAUCAAAACUCAGCCCCCCAACUGGAGGGCUUCACAUCUGGCAGGUGACUUUGGGCUGUGAGCGCAGGGAAGAUGGGAGCAAAGGAGGGUUCUUCCGCUAUGGCUACAAUGGGGAGGACUUCAUCAGCUUCGAUAAGGAGACCCUCAGAUGGGUCCCAGCUCAACCCAAAGCCCAGAAGGUCAAGGAGGAGUGGGAGGAGGAUCCAGCGAGGUCUGGGAGAAUCGAAGUCUUCCUGGAGAAUAACUGCACUGAGUGGUUAGAGAAAUGCCUCUCCUACCGGAAUAAGACAGAGCCCCGAGCGGGGAAAGUCACCCGCAAGGUAGUCAAUGACAGCCUGGAGGUCCUCAUCUGCCAGGCCUUUGGCUUCUACCCCAAGGAGAUCCAGGCCACCUGGACGAGGGAUGGAGAGGUCUGUGAAUACGAGACCCUCCAAAGGAACGUGACCCCCAACUCAGAUGGAACCUAUAAUGUCCAGCUCAGCAUUGAGAUCGACCCCAAGGAGAGGAACCGUUUUCAGUGUCACCUCGAGCACGAGGGCUUGGACAAGCCCCUGGUCUUGGCAUGGGAGGAGGAAACAGAUACAACAUUAUUAUUUUCUGUGCCAGAUGUUAUUUUCAUAAUCUUGGGAGCUGUGAUUCUCUUGCUGACCUGCUUUGGGCUGAACUACAGGGGACAACUCCAUCAGGCAAUGACAACUUGCCUUGAUCACCUUCCUUUAGAAAACUGUUGUUCUUCCUCUACUUCUACCACUGAAGAUGAGAUUCAAUCACAGGGUUGCUAUGGGCAGAAGACUGAGCUAAGGGAAGGAGAGAAAAGACCUCUGAAGGCUUCCCCAGAUGUCUAUUCAGAUAAGGUGGAAGGAGCAGCUCUGGAGAUUUCAGAAGGGCCCUCAGAAGAACAAGCGGAUGAGCAUCUGGCUGGAGAGGAAAUGGGAGAGACGCAGCUCUAGCUGGAGGGCUCACAGACCCAGCCAGAAGCCCAGGAUGGAGAAGGAUUGAAGCUGCAGCUGAUCAGAAAGGAUGAGAAGAACCUGUUGAGUAGGACUGAACGGAAAGAGGUGCAAUGGAAGUCGGUCCAUUGCCUCUUUCCUCCUAAGGAGUAAUACCAGCACAUUCCUCCUUAGACCAAGAUUUGCACAAUGCAGUGUUAGAAACAACCACACAUUUUUCCCUGCCAUGCAGGUACUGUCACUUUGUGGCUGCUGUUUACAUGACUUCCAGCCUGUUCUCCAUGUGACCUCCGUUUGGCCUUGCACUUUGGCUUGGGUGUGGAUUGCCUGGAUUUUGCACAGUAUAUGUCUGUCUGUCUCUCUCUCUCUCUGUGGAUUUGAGGAAUUAUCCCUUUCUCUGGGGUCUUUGCAACUCUCAGCCAAACUAUGCAACCUUGAAUUCAGUGGAAUUUUGCAGGAGAUGUGAGUGGGACCUGGGGAAUACUACAAGGGCCUUUGCCCUCACUUUUUGCACACGAUCUGGGUCAAACUCAGAUCAUUUCAGGACCAAAUUGAGCCUUUGACAGUGACCAGGGAGGGUGCAACCUCCUUUUGCUAUUUUUAUUUCCUCCACUAAAAGCAAACCCUCUUUUGGGGGGAAGGCAACCACUCUCAACCCCAAUAUGGUUUCCUUAACAGAAGGGCAGGAUGUGGGUUGCACUUCUUUCUAGGUGCUGAAAUAGUCAGCCUCCUGUUCUGAUUGUUCCUGGUGGUCUCCCAUCCCUUCCAUGCAGAGACAAAGCAGGGCAGCCCCCCUUAUUUGAAGGACCCAUGAGAUAGGAUGGGCACAGUUCAGGUCUCUCUCCUUAAGCUUUGCCCCCUUGUAGGUCCUCGGAAGUGUGACUUUUCUGUUACAGCCCCUGCCCCAAUGGAAGAUUUCCCCCUGAAGGUCCAGCAGCCCCUCCCCUUUUAAUCUUCCAGGGGAAACAGGUGACCUGCUUGUUUCUCCAAAACCCUGAAGGUCCAAGGGUGAACAAUGUGUGGUUACUUUUUCCUUUUUGAUUAUAAUUUUGAGAUGUACUAUUUAUAUACAUUUUUGUUUACAUUUAUAUCUGUGAGAAUGAAGAAACAUAGCCCAUUGAUCUAUUAGAUUUAAUAGGUCCUAUGGAUGACAGCAGGUUCCAGAAGAAAAAGAUAGGAACCAAAGUUUUCCGCUCGGAUGAUUUCAAAAUUUACCAGAAAUGUUUGUAAUCCUGCUGAGCCAUUGAUAACUGUGAAAUAUAUACAAGUGCACUAUGCACUUGUAUAGAUUUGUGCCUUUGAGCAAAACAGUUGGGGCCGAUCCCAUGGCUGGGACCCCAGAAGGAGUUGACACCCCUUGUAUUGGUAACUGUAGUUGGGGUCAUGGUCUUUGUGUUUUACUAUACUUUGUCUUUCUUGAAAAACAAAUACUAUCUCAUGCUUCCCCUUUGUUGACAAGGUGUGGUAAGGUUUAAUAUUUUUGAUAUUUUAUGCACUUAAUUGAUAUGUGUAUUCUCUGUGAUUGUCUAUUGUUUUUUCUUUUUCUUAUUGAAAAGUUUUAAUAAAUUUUACAGAUAUUUCCUCUUCACACCCCAACCCUGCCCCCCCUCCAACCCUCCCUUCCCCCAACCUCCCAGAGGAAAAUACAGGGUAUAAACACUAACAUAACCUAACUAACUAUAGCACCCCAGCUCCUCUUGUACUUUAACUCCCCUUUUAUUAAGCUAACUUUAGAUAAAUUAUGACAUUCCU